AUGAUGUUCCUCUACCCAGUCCUGCUUUCGCUCCUCUCCAGUGGAGCCCUGGCUGCCAACUGCACCAGUCUUCCUUUAUCCCCCCAGCUGCAGUCCAUCACCACACUCCCUGAUCCCUUCUCAUGGUAUCCCCUGCAGCAGUCCGGUCGUGUUACCACUCUCUCCGACUGGCAAUGCCGUCAGAGUCACAUUAGCACGCUCCUCCAGCAGCUCGAACUAGGCACCAAGCCUCCUGCUCCCUCCAGCGUAACCUCCACCUUCAGCCAAAACAAACUUACCAUAACCGCCUCCAAUGCCGGAAAUACCAUCUCCUUCACAGCAACCAUCACCUAUCCUUCUGGUACCGGAGCAGGACCCUACCCCGCGAUGAUCGCCUACGGAGGCCUGAGCAUCCCCCUCCCACCAGGCGUCGCAACCAUCACCUUCGACAACAGCCAGAUCGCCCAGCAAAACGACCAAAGCAGCCGCGGCAAAGGCCUCUUCUACAGUCUGUACGGCGCAAACCACUCCGCCGGCGCAAUGAUGGCCUGGGCAUGGGCCACAUCGCUCAUCAUCGACCGCCUCGAAGCCACCCCGGCCGCGAAAAUCGACACAGCCCGAAUCGGGGUGACGGGGUGCUCGCGGAACGGCAAGGGGGCGCUGAUGGCCGGUGCAUUCGAUUCGCGGAUUGCACUCACCGUGCCGCAGGAGUCAGGCACCGGGGGAUCAGGAUGCUGGCGGCUCGCGCAGGCCUCAGAAGGCGCGCCGCAGAACGUGCAGACGGCGGGGGAGAUCGUCCAGGAGAAUGUCUGGUUCUCGACGGCGUUCAAUACCUAUGCGAACAAUGUCGACAGUCUCCUGUUUGACCACCAUAUGCUGGCUGGGCUGAUUGCCCCGCGGGGUCUCCUGUCCAUUGACAAUGCGGGGUAUCAGUGGUUGGGGCCGUGGUCGUCGUUGGGAUGUAUGGGGACGGCGAGGCUGAUCUGGCAGGCAAUGGGGGUGCCGGAUCGUAUGGGGUACUCGAUGUCUACGAAUCAUCCGCAUUGCUCGUUUCCGGAUCAGCAGAGGGGUGACCUGUUUGCGUUUAUCAAUCGGUUCUUGCUGGGGAUGGAGGUCAACACCACGGUGCAGAAGAAUUAUGCGGGGAUUGCGUUUGAUAGCAAGCCGUGGGUGAACUGGCAAGUUCCCACGUUGACUUGA